CCUAGCAACCAGGAGCUUCAAUAAUAAGUUCAAGUCAUCAUAUAAAGUUUAUAAUAGUAGUCAAAUAAUUCAUCGUCGACGAUCUACAAAUUACCAACCUUCAAUUUGGACUUAUAAAUAUAGGCUUAAAUAACGCUUUGAUCCUUGAAAUUGUAAAGGGAAUCAAAUUUGGUCCUUGUAAAAUUUUAGCAUCAAAUUGGGUCUCAAAAAUUGUUUUUUUAAUCUAAUUAACUCCUUUUGCUCAAUUUUGACCGGUCAACGGUCCAGUGGCAAGCUUAGUCAGCUAAGGACGGCCACGUGGACUUUUUCACAUCAAUUUUAGUCCCUUGAAAAGUAUUUUAAUCAAUUUUAGUCCCUGUUCUUCCACCUUCAUCUUCUUCCUCUUCCACCUUCAUCUUCUUCCUCUAUAACUCAAAUCCCAUAAAUUCAAAAGGAAGAACAAGUGAAUGUGAUGAACAUAUAGUUUUUUUAGGGUUUUGAAUUUCUAGAUUUAAGGAUUUGAGUUAUGGAGGAAGAGGAAGAAGGUGGAAGAACAAGGACUAAAAUUGAUUAAAAUAUUUUUUAAAGGACUAAAAUUGAUGUGAAAAAAAUUCAUGUGGCCAUCCUUAGCUGACUAGGCUUUCCACUGGACCGUUAACUAGUCAAAAUUGAGCAAAAGGAUUUAAUUAGAUUAAAAAAACAAUUUUAGGGACCCAAUUUGAUGUGAAAAUUUUACAGGGAUCAGAUUUGAUUCCCUUUACAAUUUUAAGGACCAAAAGAGUAUUUAAGCCAUAAAUAUACCCAAUCAUUAAGUACUGAGUAUAAGGAAAAAUAUUACAUGGAGCAAGUCAUAGUGCUAAGGGAAAAAGUGAGGAUGAUGCUUUGUAAAGUUGAAGAUGAGCUUGAUCAACUUGAGAUUAUUGAUGUGUUGCAAAGGCUUGGGGUGGACCAUCAUUAUGACAAUGAAAUAAGAAAUUUCUUGGACAAUAUACACAGCACAAAUACCUUGAAUGUGGAGAAGAACUUGUAUGCCAUGGCACUCAAAUUUAGACUCUUAAGGCAGUAUGGGUAUAAUAUAUCUUCAGAUAUUUUUAUUCACUUUAAAGAUGAGAAGGGUAAUUUCAAUAAAGGCCAAUCUCUUGAUGUGGAAGGAAUGCUAUCAUUAUAUGAAGCCUCAUUUAAUUCAUUGGAAAAUGAAACUAUAUUAGAUGAAGCAAUAGAUUUUACCUCCGAAUUUCUGGAAGAAUAUUUGAACCAGGACAACGACAACCAUAUAUCACUUCUAAUCAAUCAUGCCUUGGAGUUGCCGUUACAUUGGAGGAAUCCUAAGUGGGAGACUCAAUGGUUCAUUAAUAUGUACGAAAAACAACAAAACAUGAUUCCUGAUUUACUUCAGUUAGCUAAACUGGAUUUCAACAUUGCUCAAGCAACCUAUCUAGAAGAACUCAAGGAUACAUCCAGAUGGUGGAAAAGAGUUGGUCUUGGAGAAAAUUUGAGUUUUUAUAGAGAUAGGUUGACUGAGAACUACUUUUGGAUUGUGGGAGUAAAUUAUCGGCCAGGUCUUGAAUACUUUAGAAAAAUGACAAAGGUCAAUUCCCUAAUUGUUGUAAUUGAUGAUGUUUAUGAUGUGUAUGGUACCUUGGAAGAACUAGAGCUUUUCACAGAAGUAAUUGAGAGGUGGGAUCUAAAAGCCAUGGAUGGUCUCCCAGACUACAUGAAAACAUGUUUUCAUGCACUCCAUAACUUUGUCAAUGAAAUUGCUUCCGAAAACCAAAAUAAGAAUGGAGACUAUAUCACUCCGUGUUUAAAGAAAGCGUGGGCAGAUCUAUGUAAAUCAUUUCUCAUUGAAGCAAAGUGGUACUAUAGUCGGUAUAUGCCAAGUCUUGAAGAAUACCUAGAGAAUGCUUGGGUUUCCAUGAGUGUACCCGCUUUACAUCAUGCUUACUUCUUGCUUCCACAUUCAUGCAAAAUGGAAGAGUUGAAAAACUUGGAAGAGUACCCAGACAUAAUUCGAUUUUCGGCAAUGAUUUUUCGCCUGGCUAAUGAUAUUGGAACAUAUAAACAUGAAAAGGAGAUGGGUGAUGUUCCUAAGUCAAUUCAAUGCUACAUGAACGAAAAUGGAGCAUCUGAAGCAAAAGCUUGUGAGUAUUUAAAAUCUGUGAUAUACAAAACUUGGAAAAAGAUGAAUGAAGCGGCUCAUAAUUCUUCUUUCUCUCAGUAUUUCAUAAGUACUGUUGUAAACAAAACAAAUAUGGCAUUGGGCAUGUACAACCAGGGAGAUGUCCAUGCGGGUCAAGAUCCUGAAAUUAAGAGUCUCAUUCUAUCAUUAGUUAUUCAACCCAUCCCUUUAAUACUAUAGUUAGUUUAAUUUAUGUAUUCUUUUAGUACAAAAUGUAAUAUGAGCUUUUAAUGUAAUGAAUAAAUACACCAACA